UCAGGUGUGGAGUGGGGCGGCUGAGGGUUCUGCACUGGGUCCAUGGUGGGAGGGCAAGAAGAAUGAGCUGAGUGACGUGCUCAAGCUGGAGGUGAGAAGAAGAUUCUUCCCACCAGGAAUGCUGGGCCAUGGAACCAGGGCCCAGGCAGUUUGAGCUGGUUUUAGCCUGAGGACCCUCUUGCUCCAGCACUGUGAGGCCCUGAGCAGUCCGGCCUGACUGUGGAGAGUCCUGCUCCAGGUGGGGCGGGGCUGGAGACCUCCAUGCAGGCUCAGCAGGAGCAGCAGGGCUCUGUGAUACUGCGAAGGGAGAAAUGAAAUCAUCCUAGAAUGAUGGAAUCAAACUUAUCAACAGAACAAAAAAAGAAGUCAUUCUUUUUAGAGGUCAGGCAAGUUAUUUUCAGUUAGACCAGAGCAUUCAUUUCAUACCUAUCAUAAAGAUUCAUCGGAGUGUCCUCCGUUGUCAACAGGCUGCUGGCUAAGAGAAAUGGCCAGGCUUGCAUGGGGCUUCCUCUUACAUCAUAUUCUCCUGAAUUAAAAAGGUAAUACUUGUAGAAUUCACAUAUAAAUUCCUUUGACUUUACACUCACAGAGUUAGCAAUGCCACUUCAGAGAAACAGGGUUUAGUAAAAGAACUGAGAUCGGAACCAGGACAUGGUGCUUCACCUUCCCAUCAACCAAUUCUUCAAUAGCAGCACUGUGUAUUUAGAUAACAGACGGCACCACUGGUCUAUGACAAAGUUUUUCUCCACAUCCCUUUGUUAUACUGUUAACAAGAAAUUCUUUCAGAACACAAACUAUUCCAUUAACUGACAUUUCCUCCUCAGCACUGCUUGAGGCAAGGAAGGGGCAGAGACGCGCUGGUUCUGGUAUCACAUGGAUUUUCAGUAUGUAUCAGCUUCAGCUCUGAAAGAACAAACAGUAGUCUUCAGUUAGCAUUCCCUCACAGAACUUAAAGCUUUUUUUCAGGAAAACACAUGGCUCAAUAAGGUACUCUGUGACAUUUUCAAUGUAUUACAGAAGGGCUGGCAUGCUUCUUCAGGAAUUUACUGGACUGUGAUAAUGUACACUUACUGUUUUACACUCAUGAGUAUCUACAGCAAGUUUCUCUAUAUCUGAUUCACCUUUAAACUCCCAUUAGAUUCAUCUGGGACUAUGUAAAAGAAACACUGAAUAAUUUACCUAAAUAGGAAAAAUUGUGCUGUUGUUUCUCUUCUUCCCUUCACUUUAUUUACUCUAGAAAAAAGGUCAUUUUGACUUUGGUCUUAAGUUGUCAAGCAAAAAAAAUCAGAGUAACAAAAUGGCUGAUGUUGGCAGGGACAUCUGAGUCCAUCUGGUCCCUGCUCAAGCAGGGACGCCCAGAGCAGGGUGCCCCAGACCAUGUCCAGACAGCUUUUGAAGAUCUCCCAGGAGGAGACUCCACGGCCCCCGAGCAGCCUGUGCCAGCUCCAGCACCUGCACAACACAGAAGCCUGCCUGGCAUUCAGAGGGAGGCUCCUGCAUUCCAGUUGGUGCCCACUGCCUCUUGUCCUGGCACUGGGCACUGCUGGGGAGAGCUGUCCAAACAAAGAUUGUGUUGAGGCAAGGUAAGAUUUUUAACGUUGUUGGAAAAAGCUGCUGUAAACAGAUGAAAUGGCCUAGCUCUGCCCAGCCCUGAGCUUACUAGAAAUAUUGAUAUUAAGACUUUUCAACCGAUUUUCUGAAGAAAUAGAUGUAGACCUCUCACACAAUCACAUUUUUUCUACUCAUUUCUGAAAAUAGCCACUUCUCAACCAAAUCUGGAGCCAGUGUCGCAGCCUCAAAUGUAACCAAAACAUUCCAAACUUAAACAGAAAGUCUUUUGCAGGAUAGAGAGGCCCAAAUGAUUCACUGAGAGAAAUGUCAAACAGAACAUGGUCCUUCAUGGCUUUUGUAUCUUUUUUUCCUUUGUCAGUAACUAACACUUCUGACCCACCACAGAACCUAGAGCUCUGGAUUCAUUACAGGCUGCUGUUUCUUGCCUGAUGUUGUGAAUGCAAUUAUUACAGCUUGUGUGUAUGUGAGCACAAUGACAACUCACACAAAUCCACUGGGAACUGGGCUUCAUUAGUUCUGCAGCACACAGAACAGUCUGUUUGUUGCAGCAUCUGCUAGCCAGUUCAGAAUCAAACCACUUGCUAUAAUCUAAGACGCUUCCAUCACUGAGUAACAGCAUCAUCUUUAAGUUUUGCUCCAACAGUCUUGGCCUCUACAUGGUGUUACAAUCACGCAAAAAACGUGGAUAAGCAAAGCUUCAGUUAAAUGAGUCCCAAAACUCUGUUUAUGUCAGACCUGAGCCACAGAACAACUAGCCCCAAAUCAAAACAUGCUUUUGUUUAUUAUCAGGCUGCCCACUUCAGGAGUUCAUACUGAUGGGCAGGCAAGUGGUGCUGAGCCCCUUCUAGCAAGGUAGGUAAUCUCAUGAAGAAAUAACUGAUUUCUGAGGUGAUUAUUAGGAGAGAAGGAUGCAGGCUGUGAGAAGAAAGUUGUCUCCUGACCCCUUUCAUGCUAAUUAAUGCAUUCAGAAGCUGUACUGAAAGGAAUUUAAACUCGUGAUAGUCAUAAGAGAACAGAUCAAAGAAGGAAAAAAAACAGAGUGAGUCAAGGAAAGGAAAGCUGUACAUGCCUUUAGUUUACAGAGUACCGGUCCAAAGAAGGGGUAGGAUCUCAAAAUGCCCAGAGGAAGCCACCAUCAAGAUGGAAACUUCUUUAGAGGAAGAGGACGGACUUAUUUCACAGCAGAAGAAGCUCUGGGGAUUGGGAUCUUCAUUUUGGUGCUGGCCAUGUUGCUUCUCUUUGGAUGCUGGUUUUACAAAAGGCGUAGUGGCUAUAAAAGACUGCGGAGCAAAGACGUCAGUAUGGGCACCAUACGAACUGUGAUAGGUGAGGGAGCAACACCAGACUGCAAAACAGCUCUGCAAGAAUACAGGAACUUUAAUUCUGUGGUACCCGAUGCUCCACCAGCCUAUGACAAAAUUGCUGCAGAGCAGUCACCACCUCCUUAUUCACCAUGAUAGCAAUAAGUCUUUAACUCUGAGCACAUCCAUUCAAUUUCUUCAUGCUCCCUCUUUAUUUCCUAUACAUUCUUAACUUUCUGAAAGCUAAAACUGCAAUAAAAAUUCACAUGCUUUCAUAAGCAAUUGCUGAAAAUUACUCUUGCUCAAUUUAAAGUAGUUCAUGAAACACUUUAAUAAAGCUGAC